GCUGCGCCGCGCCCCAUGCGCCGCUGCUGCCCGGCUCUCUGCAUCAGCGCCAGCACCACCAGCAGCGGGAGCAGCAUGCUGCUGAUAUCGCCGCCCCCCUCCCGCCCGCCGCUCUUGGUGCUGGUGCUGCUGCAGCGCCGCCCGCUUCUGCCUCCGCCGCACAAGAUGGCGGCCGGUGGGAGCGGCGGGGGCCCCGGGGGCCUCUCCUCCUCCUGCCCGCAGUCGCCGCCGGGUAACGGCGCCACCGCCUGCACCAACGGCGCCCCCCCGUCACCUCCCGGCCUCACCUACAACCAGUGCGGUGCUGCCAACCCGGCGGUGAGCGGCGGCGGCGCAGGGGGCCCGGCGGCGGCGGCUGCGGGGGUGGCGGGGGCCGCCGGGGGGGCGGGCGGCCCCGGCGGGGCGCUGCAGCGGGAGCCGGUCUAUAACUGGCAGGCGACGAAGCCGACCGUGCAGGAGCGUUUCGCCUUCCUCUUCAACAACGAGGUGCUCAGCGACGUGCACUUCCUGGUGGGGAAGGGCCGCGGCUCGCAGCGCAUCCCGGCGCACAGGUUUGUGCUGGCUGUGGGCAGUGCAGUCUUCGAUGCGAUGUUUAAUGGUGGAAUGGCCACAACUUCUACAGAGAUCGAGCUGCCUGAUGUAGAGCCUGCUGCCUUCCUAGCUCUGCUGAAAUUUCUUUAUUCAGACGAAGUUCAGAUUGGACCAGAGACUGUUAUGACAACGCUUUACACAGCUAAAAAAUAUGCAGUUCCAGCCCUUGAAGCUCACUGUGUGGAGUUCCUGAAAAAAAACCUCAGAGCGGACAAUGCAUUCAUGCUGUUAACACAGGCAAGACUUUUUGAUGAGCCUCAGCUGGCCAGCCUUUGCCUAGAGAACAUAGACAAGAACACAUCAGAUGCCAUCAAUGCAGAGGGGUUUACAGACAUCGAUCUGGACACCCUGGUUGCGGUGCUGGAGAGGGAUACCCUGGGGAUCCGGGAGGUUCGUUUGUUUAAUGCCAUGGUUCGCUGGUCGGAGGCUGAGUGUCAACGGCAGCAACUUCAGGUGAUUCCAGAGAACAAGCGGAAAGUACUGGGCAAAGCGCUUUCUCUUAUCCGCUUCCCAUUGAUGACUAUUGAGGAGUUUGCAGCAGGGCCUGCCCAGUCGGGAAUCCUCACGGACAGGGAAGUGGUGAGCCUGUUCCUCCACUUCACAGUGAACCCGAAGCCGCGGGUGGAGUUCAUCGACAGACCACGCUGUUGCCUGCGGGGGAAGGAGUGCAGCAUCAGCCGUUUCCAGCAGGUGGAGAGCCGCUGGGGGUACAGUGGGACUAGUGACAGGAUAAGGUUCUCAGUAAACAAAAGGAUAUUUGUAGUUGGGUUUGGAUUAUACGGAUCCAUACAUGGGCCAACGGAUUACCAAGUAAAUAUACAGAUCAUCCACACGGACAGCAACACAGUCCUGGGGCAGAACGACACAGGGUUCAGCUGUGAUGGAUCAUCAAACACUUUCCGGGUCAUGUUCAAGGAACCUGUUGAGAUUUUACCCAAUGUCAACUACACAGCAUGUGCUACUCUAAAGGGUCCAGAUUCCCACUAUGGAACCAAAGGACUGCGCAAAGUGAUCCAUGAAUCGCCAACAACGGGAGCCAAAACCUGCUUUACGUUCUGUUACGCGGCUGGGAAUAACAAUGGCACUUCCGUGGAGGAUGGACAAAUCCCAGAGAUCAUCUUCUACACAUAGUGCAGCUGUGGAGCUGGCUCUGGACUCUUCUGUUCUCUUCCCUGUGACCUUCCAAACUAAAUUUCUGGCUGAGUUUGACCACACCAAUUGGAGCCACACUAGCCAAAGGUCUCAGUAAAAUCAUUUCUGAGCUCAUGUUUUGCCUAGUGCUAGUGAUUCUGCUGCUAUCACAUGCCAGACUAACUGGUAUUCCAGUAUCAUUUGUAGGUUGUCUGUGGCUAGUUGUUUUUCACUUUACUGAUUAAUCCUAUCUAACAACAUCCAUUUUUUUUGACUGUAAUGAAUGUAGAUGCUUUUCCACCGGUCAGAAGCAUGGAAACGAGUGGCUCUGGUUGUGGUUAUCCUUGCUGUGAGGAGAUAAUCCUGCAGAAAGAUACAGUUGAGGGCCGUGUGGCCCAUCCUUUUCUGCUCUGGCUCAGCGGUCGAGGUGAGACGGUUUGCCUGAGCAGGGCUUGGCCAGCCCGUGCCUGGUGCCUUCCCUCCCACCGGCCAUGGCACGUGCAGCCGCCUUCAGAAAAUUACAGAAAGUGACCUUUUCCCUGAGGCUCUGCUGUUUCAGCACUACAUGCUCUUGAGGGAGACGUCAAAGCUGAGAGGCGCCUCUGGAGGGACUGCGGCGUUUUCAUGCUAUUCUCACUAAUUUGUGACAAUCCUUUACCUUGGGCAGUUGGUGACAGCGAAUUGCCCUCCCCUGCGGACGGCCCAUGGACUCGGGGAGGGGCAGUGGCUUGGCCGGAGAGGCUCUUCCCUCCCCUGUGUGCAGGCUGCCACGCUGGGGCCUGUGGGUGCUUCUUUCAAACUCCGUAGCGUGUUUCAAACGAUGAGCACUCCUUGGCUAACCCCCAUGCUGCCUUCCGCAGCAGGGUACCCCUACUAGUCAUUACUGUGCUAAUCAAAUUCUUUGCAGAUAGCGCCGGGGUUUGUCAGUUGAAACAAGCAAGGGAACUUGCCUCGCCUGGCACCCCCGGCUCCUGGGUGUUGCUGCUGCUUUCAUGCACGUUUCAAUGCAUUUUCUCUUUGUUUCUGUGCAUUGCUAACCUACCCCGGGCUGCUUCAGAGCGUGCCGCCCUGAUGCAAAAUAGGGAAGAGGCUUGAUACGCAACUGCCUGUAACUGAAUAAUGCAGCAGAUGGACGAGGAUUUAUGAAACAGUUCAGGAAAACAAAGAUUCUUCUGUUUGCCAGUGUCUGUUUGCACAGCCUGCCUGUUUGGAAAGGCGCGGGAGGAAGAUGUGGGAUUUAUGAAUCUUACCUGGCUUUGGGCCGUUGAGCUCAGUAAUCUUGAAGACGACCCUUCUUACCUGUUCAGGGCCAGUUGCUUUUCCCCGUGAGCAGGUACGACUUCAGCUGGGCAGGGAAGGCUCCAUCCUGCCGGGGAGGCUGUAGGGGGCUUGGACUUGUGGCUGCCCGACCAGCCUCACGCUCGCUGCCUGCUGAUGAAGACAAGAGUAUUUCCUCCCCUUCCUCCACAGAGGAGACUGUAAGGACAGGACCGCCUGGCCAGAGCCUUCCGAAGCCUGCGUGGGACUUGCUGGCAGGGGUGGUGCUGCCCCAAAGCUGAGGCUCCCCUUUGCAAGCCUCCCCCUCUGCUCCAGGUGCACAAACCAUCGUAACUCACUGGGCAGCAGUUGCCACUUUAUUUAGCUGCUGGAAGUUAAAACCUGGUUGUCCUUCGCUGGUGCGGAUGGCUCGGUGCCUGCUCACUCACUGGGAAAUAGCAUCUCCUCCUCUUGCUCCCUCCGGUCAGGUCCGUGGCCAGGAAUCUCCUCAUCAGCCGGGCAGCAGUAAUGCUGUCGGGAAUGCCCUGCACCUCCUAACCAGUAGCUGUUAGAGAUGUCAAUAGUGUGUUAAUGUUCUCUGGGAAGACGUUGUAAGAUGUGUAUAUUGUAAGCCUGCUUUGAGGUAGGAUGUUUUUAAUAUGGCCAGUACUGAAAAAAAAAGGGGGGGGGA